AUGGAAUCACCUCUAUACCACCAGUCAUACCAGAACGACCAAAUUCAAUUGGAAAAUAUUGAAACAUCACAAGAGGCUAUUCAAAAAAAUAAUGAAGAAACUGAUUUAGAAUUUCAAAAUAUUUGUGAAGAAAUUAAGAAACUCAGUGUUCAAAUUAGGGAAAUCAUUGUUCAAAUUAGGGAAAUCAACAAUAAAUUGGAAACUUCUAAUCAAACUAAAUCUGCUGAAGAAACCAGAAAUGUGUUUCGUGAUGUCUUGGAAGAAUUCCAAACUAGAUAUAAAAUCGCCAAACACCUUAAAGAUUUAGUCAAUCUUAGUUCAUUAUUGUUCUACAGCCAAUUGGGGUUUACCUUGUAUUGUACUAUGAAAUAUUGCGAGCUGAAUGAGACCAAAAUCCAUGGGUUAGUCGGAAUCCUACUGAUUUUAAUUUUUCAUAUCAUGGAUGUCUUCUGA